CAUAUGUAUAAAUAUAUAUGAAUCUGUACUUGUAAUCCAUUAGUCAACGAAAAGCAACUAGUUGCGAGUUUAUAAGCUUUGAAUAAGACAAACGUCCACAGGAUAAUUUAUUUCUUCAAUCAUGAAUCAUUUACUCGUUUUCUCUUGCCUUUUCUUCGCAUCGACUGUCCUCGCUUCCAGAUCAUGGGAAUGCUCCAAGCCUGGCGAAUGUGGACCAAAUGAAUGUUGUGUUGUUGGAGUGAUUCCUUAUUCAUAUCCAAGAUGCGAACCUUUCGGCCAGGAAGGAUCCACAUGCAUUGUGGGAAAUGAACCAGAAAUUAGAGUACUGUUUUACAAAAGCAAGCCUAAACUGGUGCAUGGUGUUUACAGAAAGUACUGUCCUUGCGGAGGGUCUUUAACUUGCUCUAAAGAAAUAUGCCAAUAAGAUGCCUUCUUCAAAGAUUAUCUUGCAAGACUUUAAAGUAUUCAUGACGCCAUUGGAUUACAUUUGACGAUUUGAAAAAUGAACGCAAUGAUUAAUGAAUGUUGAUUAUUUAAACUUGACAUGAUAUUCUACAUAUACAAGGUAUUACAUGUACAGGUCCAAUUUUUUAGAAUACUUUUGUAUUUUUAAAGCAAUAAAUCGAUGAAUGAAAUAAAUUGUGAA